GGGGGAGACGUCAAGAAAUUAGGCAGAGAAAAAUCGAAAUUGUUUGAUAAAUGUGAAGAGAGCAGGAAAAAGGCGUAAUCCGUGUACAUAGAGAGCUCAUUGUGGUCGAGAUGAACGUGAAAAUGCCGGAUUUCAACGUGAAGAAGCUGGUGAAGGAGGCGGGCAGCACCCUGUCGCGGGUGGUGCAGUUGACGGAAGAGAAGCUGGGCACGUCAGAGAAGACGGAAUUGGACUCACACUUUGAGAAUCUCAGCGAGCGCGCCGAGUGCACAAAGCUAUGGACGGAGAAAUUGGUGCGGAACACAGAGGCGGUGCUGAUCCCAAAUCCGGGCAAUCGCGUGGAGGACUUCAUCUUCGAGAAGAUCGAGAAGAAGAAGCCCAACCGCCUCAGCAACUUGGAGUACCUCGGCCUUGACAUGAUUGAAGCGGGCGGGGAGUUUGGCCAGGACGGCGCAUACGGGAGCACGCUGAUCAAGGUGGGACAGGCGGAGCAAAAGCUGGGUCAGUGCGAGAGGGACUUUAUCGGAUCGGCCGGGAUGUGUUACACGCAGCCGCUGAAGAAGUUCCUCGAGGGCGAAAUGAAGACCAUCAUCAAGGAGAAGGGCAUCCUGGAGACAAAGAGAUUGGAUCUCGAUGCGUGCAAGAAUCGCGUGAGGAAGGCCAGAAGCAUGCUGGGACAGCAAACGAAAGAUGGAAUUCCGCCAGAGGUGACUCUGGAGCAGGCCGAACGUGAUCUUCGAAUAGCGCAGUCUGAGUUUGAUCGCCAAGGAGAGAUCACGAAACUCCUGUUGGAAGGCAUCAGCACAUCACAGUCUAGUCAUUUGCGCCACCUUCACUCCUUCGUGGAGGUUCAAGUGCGCUACUUCAAUCAAUGCGUGGAAAUCAUGAAUGGACUGCAGCGCGAAUUGGCCAGCAUGCGUCCUCCAACGCCUCGCUUGCGUGUCAAUAGUGAAGAUCUCGUAGAUUGUGACGCGUCCGGGCCUCCCUUUAUGCUAACCACCCACAAUGCCACUUCCUCCUUGUCCGCCAUCCACAGUCAGUCGCCACAAUUGAAUGCUUUCAUUGCUGAAACACCCACGAUGAGGAACUUGCAGGGCGAUAAUGACGAGAUUAUCAAUGCUUUUGCUUCAAUUGGCCACACUGAGAAUAUUUCUAGUGUCUAGAAUUGGCGAGAAAGAGAGAGAGAGAGAGAAGAAAGUCGUUGGGGUGCAAAAGAGUCUGGUUUUUCCUUUUGUGAUGUGGGUGGCGAUUAGACAACAGUUUGAUUGCAUAAGAAGAAGUUAUUGAUUUUCGCCAUAUGGUUUUUGUGAGACACAUAUUCAUAUUGGCAUGUUUGGAAAGAAAAGAGAAGAGAAAAAAAUAAGAUGUUUCGGUAAAUUUCCGCUAUAAAAUAUAUGAUGACUUAUUGUGAAAUUAUCAUAUCAUGAAAUCAUGCCUUAAAAGUUGUUGUAAAUAUUUGUACAAUUUCUUGACAGAAGAGACUCUUUUGCUCAUUGAGAAAUUACUUGAAUUCUGAAACUUCUUCUUUUUACAUCUUUCU